AUGCUUACGCAUAUUUUUCUUAUAAGCGCUCUGACUGCGGCAUGUAACUGCUUAGAAAAUGGAUUAGCAAGAACCCCUCCAAUGGGAUGGUUAUCUUGGGAGCGGUUUCGUUGCAAUACUGACUGCUUAAAUGAUCCUGACAACUGUAUAAGUGAACGACUUUUUCAAAAAAUGGCUGAUCUUCUUGUGUCGGAGGGAUAUGCAUCUGUGGGAUAUGAAUAUGUUAAUAUUGAUGACUGUUGGUUGGAGAGGUAUCGUGGACCUGAUGGAAAACUUCUAUCUGAUCGAAGGCGAUUUCCUAAUGGAAUUAAAGCAUUGUCAGAUUAUAUUCAUUCAAAAGGAUUAAAAUUUGGAAUUUAUGAAGACUAUGGAAAUUACACAUGCGCUGGAUAUCCUGGCAUUAUCGGGUUUGAGAAAAUAGAUGCGUAUCAAUUCGCAGAAUGGAAUGUUGAUUAUGUUAAAUUAGACGGUUGCUACGCCUUACCAUACGAUAUGGAUAGAGGCUACACGGAGUUUGGAAAACUUCUUAAUAGCACGGGGAAGCAUAUGGUGUAUUCUUGUAGCUGGCCUGUUUACCAAAUAUAUGCAGGGAUUCCGCCAAAUUUUUCAGCGAUUCAAACUCAUUGCAAUCUAUGGAGAAAUUUUGACGACAUCCAGGAUUCGUGGUUAUCUGUUGAAAAUAUUAUUGAUUAUUAUGGAAAUAAUCAAGAUGUAAUUGCACCCUAUGCUGGACCUGGACACUGGAAUGAUCCCGACAUGCUAAUAAUUGGAAACUUUGGCCUUAGCUAUGAACAGGCGAAGACUCAAUUUGCUGUGUGGGCUAUUCUUGCUGCGCCACUUUUAAUGUCAGUUGAUUUAAGGACAAUACGACCUGAAUUUAAGGAGAUAUUGCUCAAUAGAAAGAUUAUUUCUGUAGAUCAAGAUCCCUUGGGCAUACAAGGUCGAAGAAUAUAUAAGCAUAAGGGAAUAGAAAUUUGGUCGAAACCAAUAAGUCCAGUUUAUCAGAGCUUUUACUCGUAUGCUCUUGCCUUUGUAAAUAGAAGGACAGACGGCACACCAUCUGAUAUUUCCGUUACAUUGAAGGAGCUAGGUCUAAUCAAUAAUUCUGGAUAUAGAGUUGAGGACCUUUACGAGAACAUUGAUUAUGGAAUAUUGUUUCCGAGAACUAAAAUCAAGGUUAAGGUAAAUCCAUCUGGAGUUGUUAUGUUAAAAGGACAAAUUAAGUUUUAA